AUGAGCGAGUUUACCGAGAAACACAGGAUCAAACAUCUGUUUAUUCCAAUCUACAGCCCUAAGACAAACGGGAUUGUUGAAAGGUUUAACGGAACAUUCAAGAAAGCGCUGAAAAAGAUGCGGGAAACUAAUAGGGAUUUGGACGAAUGUUUAGCAGAGUUUCUAAUCUCCUACAGGAACUGCCCUCAUACGGUGACAAAUACCCCACCCGCAGUUCUAAUGUACGGUAGAACAUUACGUUCUAACCUGCACGCAUUAAAGCCAUCGGAUCAACAGAAAUUGAAAUCUUUACACCCCGACAAGGAACAGAAACUUCUAAAUGAAAAGAGGAGAGAGUUUGUGGAUAAUCAAGACGUCUGGAUUCAAGCUACUAACGAUAAGACUUGGGAGAAAGCUAAGAUAUUACAGAGAGUUGGUACGUCGAAUGUAUACGAUGUGGUAUACAGAAACAGAGUGAUCCAGAAACACGCUGAUUCGAUAAAAGAGAGAGUAAAAGAUGUGUUAAGAAGAUCUACAACUGUACCGGACAAUGAUCACCAGGUUAGAGUUGUGCCGUUUGUACCUGUUGUGGAACCUGUGUUAUCUGAGAUUGCUGGACCAGUAGUAAGUCCAUUGGUUGUGAGUACACCUGAAUCUGUGAUUACAGCUGAACCAGUUUUUAGAGAACCUGAUAUUUUAACCGAUAGUUUACCUAGUAGAAGUUCUGAUAUUUCGAAUAGAGAGAAUGUAAACAGUACACCAGUUAAUGUUGAUAAUCGUAAUGUGACAGAUGAUAUUAUACCGUUACGUGUUAGUCUUCGAUCUAAGCCGAAAGUUGAUUAUAAGUUACUUGCUGGUUUCAAGAAAACAGCAUGA